AAAUAAAGAGAUUUGGUAUUUGGGCCAGGGCUAUAUGGGCCUGGGGUAAUAUGGGCCUGAGGUAAUAUGGGCCGAAUCAACCCAAAGUGGAGCCGGCAGAAUCGGGAAAAUUUGAAGAUUUGGAGAACUCAGAAUGCUUAAAAGCCGAUUGGAAUUGCUGUUAUGGAGAAUGUCAGAAGAGCAUCUCAUGCUGGUUCGUGGUAUUCCCGUAAUUCUAAGAAACUGGCAGAGGAGCUUGAUGGAUGGCUAAGGGCAUCAGGCCUGUCUAAAUCCCCUGACGUACGUGGUGUAAUUGCUCCGCAUGCUGGUUAUUCGUAUUCGGGACGUGCUGCUGCAUAUGCAUUUGCUAACAUUGAUCCAACAAACAUUUCUAGGAUCUUUCUUCUUGGUCCAUCUCACCAUUAUUAUACUAAAAAAUGUGCUCUUUCAACAGCCACUAUUUAUCAGACCCCUCUCAGUGACCUUCCUAUUGAUGUGGAAGUCAUUGAGGAGCUUAAAGCAACAGGGAAAUUUGAACUGAUGGAUAUGCUUGUUGAUGAAGCUGAACACAGCAUGGAAAUGCACUUGCCAUAUCUUGCGAAAGUAUUUGAGGGGCAUUUAGUGAAAGUUGUACCUAUUUUAGUUGGUGCUGUUUCUGCACAAAGUGAGGCGAUGUACGGACGCCUGCUUGCCAAAUAUAUGGAUGAUCCAACGAAUUUCUUCUCGGUAUCCUCGGACUUUUGUCACUGGGGGUCUCGGUUCAGCUACAUGCAUUACGACAAGAAACAUGGGGCAAUAUACGAAUCUAUUGAAGCUUUGGAUCACAUGGGCAUGGAUGUAAUAGAAACAGGAGAUCCUGAAGCAUUCAGAAUGUAUCUGCAGGAGUAUAACAACAUCAUUUGUGGUCGUCACUCUAUCAGUAUAUAUCUUCAUAUGUUGAAGCUCAGCUCAACAAAAAUGAAGAUCAAAUUCCUUCAAUACGAACAAUCCAAUCGAUGCCAGACGAUGCGAGACAGCAGUGUCAGCUACGCAUCGGCUGCAGCCAAGGUGGAUGCUUGAAUCUCUGUGAAUUAGCCAAUAACUUAAUUGUCUCCAUUCCAAUUUCAUGCAUUUUACUUUAUCGAACCGCAUCGUCUUAAAUUAUAUGUCAAGUCUCCUCUGUUAAUAUCAUUCAUUCAUUCAUUCAUCAACUUUCAUUGUUAAUGUGUUAUUCUAAUUCAUUCAUCAACUUUCAUUGUAAUCUUCAUUGAUUAAAGCAUUUUCAAAUGGGUGAAGGGAAAGAUGAAUUUCAAUA